AUGAUGAUGCUAAGGGCCUAUUCACAGGCCACCACUCUGGAAAUACACAACCAAUACAUCGGUGUAAACCAGAACUCGUUGAAGCACUAUGCGAAACCCCCCACAGAAACCCACCAUAAUCGUAUGGAUUCGACCCUUCCCCACACUUCCUCGCCCCUCCGGAUCCUAAUCCCGCCAUUCGAGUUUACAUGGCCGACCUAG